UCCAACAUGAAGACCAUUUUAUUUGUAGCAUUCUUUGCACUCGCUGCUGCUUCGGCAUUCGCCUUGGAAGAGGCUGACCGUGUUAAUGGAGAAAACGGCUGGUAUGUGCCCCAGGAGGAUGGUUCCUUUGAGUGGGUUGACAUGGAUGUGGCCGAGGAGUGGUUGGAGCGCCAGGAAUUAUUGGAAGGCCGUGGAUUGACCACUGUUCCAGUAAAAUUCUACCUCUACACCAGUUCCAAUCCCAGCAAGGGCAAGAAGAUCACCGCCACCACCAAGUCAAUUGAUGCCUCCAACUUCAAUGCUGCUCACCCCACCAGAUUCGUUAUCCACGGCUGGACUCAGAGCUACACCUCGAGCAUGAACAAGGACAUCCGUGCUGCAUGGUUGAGCCAUGGUGACUACAACGUCAUCGUUGUCGACUGGGCCCGUGCCCGUUCUGUGGACUAUGCUUCAUCCGUUUUGGCUGUUCCCAAGACUGGCAAGAAAGUCGCCGCUAUGAUUAACUUCCUGCACAGCAACUACGGCAUGUCUCUCGAUGAUCUGUAUGUCAUUGGUCACAGUCUGGGCGCUCAUGUCUCCGGCUAUGCUGGCAAGAACACCAACGGUCAAGUUCACACCAUCAUUGGUUUGGACCCUGCCCUUCCUCUGUUCAACUACAACAAGCCAAGCAAACGUCUGAGCUCCACUGAUGCCUGGUACGUAGAGUCCAUCCAAACCAAUGGCGGCAACUUGGGUUUCCUUAAGCCCAUCGGCAAGGGUGCCUUCUACCCCAACGGCGGUAAGACCCAACCCGGAUGCACCCUUGAUGUGACUGGUGCCUGCUCCCACGGACGCUCUGUGACCUACUACGCCGAAGCCGUUACCGAGGACAAUUUCGGUACCAUCAAGUGCGGUGAUUACGAGGCAGCUGUUGCCAAGGAGUGUGGCAGCACCUACAGCAGCGUUCGCAUGGGAGCUGACACCAAUGCCUACAUGGUUGAAGGUGAUUUCUAUGUCCCUGUAAACAGCAAGGCACCCUUCGGUAUGAUUAACUAAUUGAUCAUGAAACAAUAUGAACGGCAAUAAAUCAAUUUUAUAACGAA